AUGCCGAUCGUGGAUCGGCCGUGUAUAUGCGCCCCGGUAAAAUCCACACUGUCAUCUCCAGAGAUAGUUCGGGCUGCUAUGCUGAUCGGCGGAGCCCCUCCCGGAAUCAUUAUCCAGGUUCCCGAGCCGGAUGAGCGUCCAUGGGAUGCACCCGAGGACUUCAUCUGCGUCUAUGAAGCCUAUUUCCGCGAGGCCGGGUUGAAAUUUCUCCUGCCUCGCUUGUUGUUUGCUUACUGCAAUCGUCGCGGGUGCGCGAUCUCGCAGCUUCAGCUGGCGUCAAUAGUGAAUUUUGUCGGGAUUCUCCAGCUCGGGCGCGACAUCCGGGCUCACAUCAACGUGGCUCAAUUCGAGGAGCUCUUUAUUAUGAAGGUCUCGGCGGCGAAGAGUUGGUUUCUGUCGGUGAAUUGCAACCCGAAGUUCGACCUGGUGACUGGGAACAAGGCUAGCAAGUUUCCGAACUGGGAUCAAAGCUACUUCUUUGUCCGCGUGGAUUCGGUAUCUGCUGAGAAUCCGGAGAGCACGUUCCGGACUGGCUGGAGUGUCGAUUUUGAUCGCCACGUUCCAGGAUUUAUUCAGCGCUCCCUCACGUCCGACCUUGCGAAGCAGUUAAGUGUCGCCGGACAGUGUCGUUGGCCACUUGCCUACCAGGAGAAGAUUGACCGUCGGAUAAAGAGAGCUCAGGACAGAGCAAAAAAUAAGACGGAACCCAGCUCGUCGAGGCCGGUACCGAAGAAGAGGAAAACGAAGAAAGUCAGCAAGUCAAGUCGGAGAAGGAUGGCGUUCGACAGGUCGGAUAUCCCAAUAAUGGACUUUGGGGCUGAUGAGGAAGACGACAAUGCCCCAAUCAACAUCGUCGGUCUCGAUGGGAACGAGGCCGGUGACGGUGUUGAAGCUGCUAUCGGGGACGAAGUCGAUAAUGUCCCGGUCGGCCCAGUUGACCCCCUGAUCCCGGUUGCGGAACCGGAGGGCAAUGUGGCGGGAACUAGUGUUCCCGAGGCGACUCCUCAGCCUCAAAUGGAGGAGGGGGAAAUUGGUGAGCAGGAUAAAGACGAGCUCACCAUCGCCGACCGCGCCCGUAAGAAGAAGGGCAAGUCUAAGAAGUCGUCUCGGAAGAGGGGUGGCGAGCCCGAGACGGCUGCGAGUGAGGGGACUUUGGUCCUUCACGACUCGCCUAACGCUUCUCAAGUUCCUCCAGCGGAUCCGGCUGCCGAGACCGAGAACCAGAGGUCGUCCAAAAGGCGUCGGAAUUCUGACUCUUCCUCCUUCUCAGUCCGGCUCAAGUACAACAAGGACUGGUCCUUUUUCGACGACUCAUCCGCCUGCGCCAAGCUCUUCAGGCAGAUCGUGCCGGCCUCGUCUCCGAUGCUUGAGACGAAAGACCUCUUCCGCCCUAAGUCUUAUGCUCGGGUCGCAAAAUCUGCCUCCGCUCUCGUCUGCGAUACCAACGAGCUCGUUCGCGAGUACGACUCCGAGGUCGAGAGGCUGAGGAGGGUCAACGCUGAGGUUGCUGCUGAAAGGGCGUCUCUGGAAACAUCGUACCGGGACGAAAAGGAGAGGUAUGAGGCUGCUGUGCUGGCCUUUACCGAAAAGGAGAAGGAGAACGCGGCUUUGAAAGAGCAGGUCGAGGCUCUGAUGAAGCGGACUGUCGAGCUGGAGGGGGACGUGGACGCUCUGUCCAAGUCGUUCAAGACAAGCGAGCUCGAGAGGCGGAGGUAUCGGUACGCUGAGUCGAAGAGCAGGAAGAUGCUGGCCGCCCUUAGAGGCAAGUGCGAGGGGAAGCUCUCCAAGAUGAAGGACUUCAUGGACAAGAGGGAGCACAACGUGAUCGUCCCGUCUCACAUCGUGGAGACGUACGGGCGUAGGAUCAAGAACUGCACAAAGAAGGUCGAUGACAUCCCUCUUCCGCGGUUUGAGAACGAGGAUUUCCUCCUCCCGAGCGAGGACGACCUCAUCUCGAGGAUUGUGCUUCCACCGGGGAAGCAGGUUCCAGAGGGCUUGGAUCAGUUCGGCUCGAACUCCAAGUCGAUCUCGGCUUAUCGGGCAGCAAGUCUCAAGAGUCCGGCGUCCGUUGCUCGUCAAUAA